AUGCCAUAUAGCAACACUUCUAACAACAGCAGGCAAAACAACUGGACGCCCAUCAAUCCGCCAUCCGAGCCCGUCGCGGCAGCUCUUCCUUCUCCAUCAUCAUCUCAAUCGGACAUCGAUGAUAGUGAAGGACCCUCUCCAUUUGCAAGUCAUCUCCGAGAGGAAAUCCUCGGCUCAGCCGGGCGCAUAAAGGAACGUCUAAGGGCAGCUAAGAAGCGAAAAGUCCCGACACCACCUUCAUCAGCACGCAAGAAGCGGCUUGCAACCUCCAGUUCUGCAUACGCCCAACACAGUGUAAUGCUACCAGAAGAGAAGCGGAACCUCUCUGCAAAGGCUUUUGGAGCCGCCGAAUUGUCGAGCCCUCUUCGAUUCGAGACCAAUGAGAGUCUCCUGCCGAUCGGCUUGAACAAGCUCAACAUCGCUGCAGCAGGGUAUAAACGGACAUCUUCAGAGGCGUUUCAUGCCGAGACUGAGGACCUUCCGGUAAAGAAGGCACUAGUCAUGAGAAGGGCUGCGAAGAGCGCCCUUCCUGUCGCCGCCGACGCUUCCAGCAAGCACAACCAAGAUGAAGACCUCUUCAAUGACGACAGCAUUGACAUUGAUACCUUUCUUGAAGCCGAAAAGGUACUGGCUGCAAAGCCGACACAUCCAUAUCCAAAUACCACCCCAGCCCGACGGCCAGAACCUUACAAGUCCCCUGAAAAGGCAUCCUCAGCUAUGAAAGCCAUUCCGACGACCUGGACACCCAAAGCACCAAUGAAGCCGUUCGUUCGGCCCUUCCUUCCUCCUCCCCCUUCAUCAGUCGCCACAUCAUCCACAGGACCGCUCGCAGUGUUCUCUACUCUGCACCCCCUCCCGAUCUGCUUUCGUAUCGCCGAGGCCCGCCGCUAUGUCUCUUUCACCUUCUCCUCGUUAAGACCAACAGCUCCAGCCCAGACCGAGGCGAACAACAAGACCAGCAGCAAUCCCAUGUUUCUGGGUCUCGAAAUCUACGCCAUCUUGCACUCUACUCAAGACACCGGAGCGAUUCGAACAGUGACACUCGCGGAUAUGUUCUUUCCAGACCGGCCGCCCUAUCUCACCGGUGCUCUUGUUCCUCAAGCGACGUCGACCUUGAUGAGACCCGCCCCUUCUCCGGGAUCGUUGCCAAACGUCGGCAGCGUCGUGCGCGCCACUGUGCGGAUCUCUCAACAAUCCACCUUCGACGCAGUGGCCGCUGUGACAACAAACGCGCUCGUGUCGUCGUCAUCGUCAAGUCCUGGCGUGAACAAAACUUUCCUUCCAGCGGCAGCGGCGGGGAAAUACAACGUCACCUUCCUGAGGAUCAAUCCAUCCGACUGGAACGAGAUCCAGCGCGUGAAAACAAUCCUUGAGCAAGCUUCUUCAGCUAUGGCGCCCGCUCAGUCCGUCCCUUUGAAGCAAUCUACGACCGGCAGCGACAACGGCCAGAUGACAGAAAGUGCUAGAAGGAAGACGGUGGUUUGA